GUAUUUUCAGUCAGGAAUGUUCGAGGUCAGUCCCUCAUGUGACCGUUGGGGUCCUGACUCGUGCGGUGCGGUGCAGUUCAUCAUGGCGGCGAACAGCAGCAACAACACGAGCGGUAAAAGCGGCGGAAAGCAGCCCACGCCGUCCGCCGAGCAGGUGGUGGCUAAUUUCCAGCGGAUGCGACAGGAGCAGCGCGGCAUGGCCUCUAAGGCUGCAGAGCUGGAGAUGGAGAUCAAUGAACACAGCCUCGUCAUUGAGACGCUAAAGGAGGUCGAUCCGUCGCGGAAGUGCUUUCGUUUAGUUGGCGGUGUGCUGGUGGAGAGGACCGUCAAAGAAGUUAUGCCCGCGCUGGAAAACAAUAAAGAACAGAUUACGAAGAUCGUGGACUCGCUUAACUCUCAGAUGCAGGCGAAAGGGCGGGAGCUGACGGAGUACCGCGAGCGCUACAACAUCCGGUUAGUCGGAGAGGACGACAAACAGGGCAAAGCGGACGCCAGUCAAGCCAAAGACAGCGAAGGAGGAGGCUCUAAAGGAGGCGCCGGGGUGCUCGUCUCCUAGUGGACUACUCUUAGAGGGGUAGAAAUCACUGGGGGUUUAAUAUUUGCGGAGAGACUGAGUUGGAGAGUGAAAGUCUCGGUUUUCAUGCACGUUUUUUUUGUACAUCCUUAAUAUUAAAAUACAACUCACAACUUCACAAAAUGAACUUCAACUUCCAUCCUUUCCUUUUCAGUCCAGUUUGUUACAAAUAAAUAGUCAGUAAACAUGUUUCAUGUCUAAACGGAUGGCAUAAAUUCAUAAUGUCAAAUAGUUUUUGAGGCUUGACUUUCACUUUUGUAAUAUUUGGUGCAGAGUGAACGAUAUUUCUCAUACGGUGAGCCUCCAUCAUUCAUUAUGUCACUGUUGUACACCUGCGGACGAAGCCUUUUUAUGUUUGGUUUGUUUUUGUGGUGGUUUUGGUUUUUGAAUUAAAAAAUACAGAAUUGCACGAAAUCUGUUCA